AUGGUUUGGUCCAUCUUUUUUCCUUUUGAAGCCAGCACAAUUUUAAAUAUCCCCAUCAAUUAUAAUCUUCUUGAAGACAGCCUCAUUUGGAUUGGCAACAAAUGGGAGGUCUUUACAAUCAAAAGUGCAUAUCACAUUGCCUCAAGUCUAGUGGACUCAAAUGAGGAGGGUGAAUGCUCCUCUCCUGAUUCUAAAACUUCUCUUUGGAAGCAGAUUUGGUGCCUGGAAAUCCCUCAAAAGCUCAAAAUCUUUGCAUGGAGGUCUUGUGUAAAUGGCCUUCCAACCCUGCUCAACUUAAGCCAUAAAGGUAUUCAUUGCUCAAGCUUUUGCCCCAUUUGUGAUAAGGCCUUGGAAUCCACUACCCAUGCUCUUCUCCUCUAUGAUCACGCCAAUCUAACUUGGGCACAAUGGCACAAUUGCCCAGUUGAAGUAUCUUCCUCACCUAGAGAUUUUGUGGAUGUUGCCUUGGACUUUAUUGAGAAAGGAUUCCUUCUUGAUUUAGAGCUCUUCUUUGCUAUGGCUUGGUCCAUUUGGUGGAAUCGCAACCAAGCUAUUCAUGAAGACUUGGGUACUACUCCAAGUCAGGUUUGGGAAAUGGCUAACAGAUUGCUUAGUGAGUAUAAAGAUGCUUGCACUCUCCCUGCAUUUUCUCUUGCCCCUUCCCUAGCGGCUUGGCAAGCCCCUCCCUCGGGUUUCUUCAAAAUUAAUAUUGAUGGCGCUGCUUCAGAUGGCAGCCCUUCGUGCAUCGGUGUGCCUAUUCGUGAUUGUCGGGGCUCUCUCAUUGCAGCAUCAAGCAAAGUUUUGCCUGCUCCUUUCUCUGCCGAGAUCUCAGAAGCUUUGGCACUGCAAGAUGGUGUGCUGCUUGCUUUGGAAUUAGGAAUCUCCCAUGCCAUUGUUGUUUUGGGUGGUGAUUUGGGGCACAUUAUGCAGAACAUUAAGAACAUAUCUUCCUCUUUUUCUUGGUGCUCUUUUCAGCAUUUGAAAAGGAGUGGCAACAGAGCAACCCAUGAACUUGCAAGAGUAGCUAGAAUCUUUGGUGUUUCAUAG